AAACCUAAUUGGACCGAGUUAGAAAAGAAGGUGUUGGUAGAGGAGGUUCAUAAAAGAGAGACGGUUUUGUUCGGGAAAUUUAAAGGCCCGGGGGGUGGCAAAGCAGCCAAAGACUCCACAUGGGCGGAGAUUGCAGAGGCUGUGAAUGGAGUCAGUGGCGCUGGAAUGCAGAGAACUGGUGGUGAGGCUAGUAAACAAUAUAGCAACUUGAAGCAGAGAGCAAAGGGAAAACUAUCAGAGAUGAAAAGACCAAAGACAGGAGGUGGCCCAAAGCCCCCUUCACCUUCAGUUGCUGAGCAGUGCAUUCUUGAUUGUUUGGAGGGAAGUACAUCCCUUGAAGGAAUAGCUGGAGGAAUUGAUACAGCAGGUUGCUAA